CUUGCGUCAUCCUUAAUAAAUUAAAAAAGAUGAAAUUGGAAGGACUUGUAGGUUUUGUUACCGGAGGUGCAUCUGGGCUCGGGGCCGAGACUGUAAAGCAACUUGUUGCAGCAGGAGUUAAGGUUACAUUUGGUGAUCUAAACUCUGAGAAUGGAGAGGCUCUUGUAAAGGAAUUAGGUGAAGAUAAGGCCAAAUUUUUAGAACUUGACGUCACUGAUGAGAAGGCUGUGGAAGCUGCUAUUAAAACUUGUGUCGAUACUUUUGGUGGUCUGCAUAUUGCAGUCAACUGUGCUGGAAUUGCUGCUGUUGGCCAAACUAUUACUUCUAAAUCCAUGAUGAGUUUCAGCACAAUGAGACUUGUUACAGAAAUCAAUGUAUUUGGUACAAUCUAUGUAGCUGCUCAUGCUGCCAAGGCCAUGUCCAAGAACAAGCCAGUCAAUGAUAGAGGAGAAAGAGGAGUAAUCAUUAAUGUAGCUAGUGUGGCUGCUUAUGAAGGACAAAGAGGACAGGUAUCUUACUCUGCUUCAAAGGGAGCCAUUGUUGGAAUCACAACACCAAUGGCUAGAGAUUUGGGAAGAUUCGGAAUUAGAGUUGUAGCCAUUGCUCCUGGCACCAUUAUGUCUCCUAUGCUUGCUGCUCAAACUGAUAAAAUGAAGAACCUUCUCUUGAAGGAUACCCCACUCGGAAGAUUUGGAGAAGCAGAUGAGUUCGCUCAUAUGGUCAGAUCAUGCGUAGAGAACUCCUAUCUCAAUGGAGUCACUCUAAGAAUGGAUGGAGGAACUGUUCUUUCUUACUCAUAAAUAAGAUUCGAUAUCAAAUUCCCAAAAAGAUUUUUCA